UUACACUCCAAAUCACUCACCCUGCUCUCUUACUUUCUUCUUCUUCUUCUUCGUUUUGACGUUACAAACCCUCUGUACGCAUUUAUUCCGUUUUUUGUCUUUCUUGUACUGGAUUUAGCUGCCUGGAUGUACGAGAUCUCUAGGUUUUUUUUUUAACUUUGGUAAUUAGCCACUUUAGUUGUACGAGUUUCUUCUAUAAAAUGGAAUUUUUUUGGUAAUUUCAAUUUUAUGAUCCUCGUUUCGCGUUCUUGUUAUGCUGCUUGAGGCCAUGCCUGCAACCAAAAAGAAUUUUGAUAGUGAUCAGAAUCACAUUGAUGUUGCAUUCAACAAGCUGCUGAAGCAGAUAGGCAAUCCGGUUGAGUUUGAGCUUCCAGAAUGGUUUAAUAAAUGGAAGCCUACACCCUACACCACUAUAAAACGCAAUAUAUAUCUUACCAAGAAAAUUAAAAGGCGUCUAGAGGAUGAUGGCAUAUUCUGUUCCUGCAGUCCAUCACCAGGUUCUUCUGGUGUUUGUGGUAGAGAUUGCCAUUGUGGGAUGCUACUGUCUAGCUGUUCCAUAGGAUGCAAAUGUGGGAGUUCAUGCCUUAACAAACCAUUCCAGCACCGACCUGUGAAGAAGAUGAAAUUAGUACAGACUGAGAAAUGUGGAGCUGGGAUUGUGGCAGAUGAAGAUAUUAAAAGGGGAGAGUUUGUAAUAGAGUAUGUUGGAGAAGUUAUAGAUGAUAAGACCUGUGAAGAAAGGCUCUGGAAUAUGAAACACCGUGGUGAAACAAAUUUUUACUUGUGUGAAAUAAAUCGAGAUAUGGUAAUUGAUGCCACAUACAAGGGAAACAAGUCAAGAUACAUAAACCACAGCUGCUCUCCUAAUACUGAGAUGCAGAAAUGGAUAAUUGAUGGUGAGACGAGAAUCGGUAUAUUUGCAACUCGUGACAUAAAAAAGGGCGAGCAUCUGACCUAUGAUUAUCAGUUUGUUCAAUUUGGUGCAGAUCAAGACUGUCAUUGUGGUGCUGUUGGCUGCAGAAGAAAGCUCGGGGUUAAACCUAGCAAGCCUAAGAUGUCUUCAGAUGCUGCAUUAAAAUUAGUAGCAUGCCAGGUGGCGGUGUCCUCUCCUAAAUUGAAAGCAAUUUUAUCUGGGAAUGAUGUUUAUCAGAAUGGAGCUUUUCAUGUAGAGAGUUCCAACCAUGUCCAUAGCAAUCAACAGGCAGGCUCUCGUAAUUGCAUUGGCGAAGUGAUUAAAAUAUUUCGCCCAUAUAGUGAGAGAUCUUUUGGGAUGAUUAAACGAUUUGAUAAGCAUUCAAGAAAACAUGCGAUAAUGUUUGAAGACGGUGUUGUCGAACUUCUGGACAUGUCAAAAGAAGAUUGGGAAUUUGUGACUUUGUGAUCUAGUUCCAGGUAGCAAAAGACUCAUAUAGCUGACAAUCGUCGUCUGGACUUUUUUUUCUGCAGAUUGUAUGACCGUGUUCCGUACCUCGCAUAAAACAAAAUCAAUCCUCCACACAAGGUCUGGGAAAUGUUAUUUGAGUGUAUCACAUGCGCAUUUUUUUCUUGAUGGAAUUAAGUAACUGUGACCUGUAGUACUAGUUGGGAAGAGAGAAAGCUAGCAGCACCGGGAAGCAAGCUAACAUACGUCCAUUAAUGGAUUCAACGGCCUCCCAUACAUUCAGCUCGCGAUGUCAAGUGCUCGUCUUGAUUUCUGCUGAUUUCUUGAGAAUGAAUGCAUAAUUGAACUUGCAAUUUCUUGACUGGAGAACUAUACUUUCCUACUAUUUUAUUAAUAUUAUGGUUAGUAACGCUUUGCGAUCUGAGAAAAUUAUUUUCUUAUUUUUUUUGGUAGCUUUGAUCAGUUCAUUAGAGAAUAGUUUGAUUGGUAUCAUUUUGUGUUUGGGUUCUACAACUUUUACUAGAAACUCUGGUUUUGCAUACAUAAUAAGGCAAUUAUGUAUGAUAAAUUAGUUUUGAA